AUGUAUAUAGGAGAGCAUGUGUCCAAGGCGAGUACCAGUGCGCGUCAACUAGUGGAAGACGAGUUUGGAUCAACGACAUCAACAUCAUGCGGGCGCAAAGUUGAUUUGAGCAUCAGGAUCCAGGUCGAUAACGAGUGGAAAACGGAGAUUGCCAUCUUUGAGUUCAAGGCAUCGACCUCUACCAGGCAGAUGUGUGAAAAGCAACAAAAGAAAUCGGUACGCUUGAACGCAGCGAUCCUGCUGGAACUGGAGAAGCGCGGACUUGAUCUUCAGCACAGCUAUCCUAUUGUUGCCGAAGGACGGUCGAUUGCCAAGGGCAUAUCAUUGCCACCUCAAGUCUCUCAGCUCAAGGCAUUCCUGCAGUCAAACAGCAUCUUAACGCUAUUCUCUUUCAGGCAUCUGAGGAGAUACGCGAUGGACGUUGUCGAUGUCAUGGCGAUGUCGCCGUCGACCCCUUUCGGUAAUGGCGACGAGGACGAUCCUCCAUCAACCCCUGACGAUCCCCCAUCGACCCCAGCCGAUCCUCCUGCGCGGCAGUGCACUCCUCCUCCCAGAAAGAGGUCUAGCCCUUUCAUCCUGUUCUCGCCAUCGAAGAAGGACAAGGCUCAUGCACACACAGACGACGACGACGAUGGGCGGUUGUAG